CUUGUGCGCUUCUGGCGCUCCUAAGGCUGGAAAAAUCGAAGACCCGAGCUAGCGCGUGCGCACUUCGUCUCCGGCGCUGCUGUGGUCUCGCGCCCCGCCCCCCCGUCCCCCCACCCGAGGCUGGAGCUCAGCGGCGGAGGUGGCCGUGCCGCCUCGAGCGGACCGACCCGACCGGAGGUGGGGGGGCGGGGGUGCACCGCCUACGGUGGGGCCGGCGCUCCUCUCUCUCCUUCUGGGCGCCCCCCGCUUGACCCCCACGGCUAACAGUAGCUGGGCCGAACGCGGCCCACCGGCAGGGCGCGGAGGGGGAGGAGGCGCGCGCCUGGGAAGAGCAGGGCGCCGUGAGGGAGGGGUGCACCCGUCACUGCCCCCCCCCCCGCCUGCGCCGACCCCUCCCGCGCCGCGGGUCAGGACCCUCGGCAAGACUUCUUCUGGCUGUGGCCCAUGGGCCUCUGAGGAGGCGUAAGUCCGCCCAGCUUCCUACUUGCUGUGUUCCCACUCAAUGGGAAGGGAACCAAGGCCUUGUCUAGCCAUCAGCCACGGGCUCCCCACAGCAUCAGGAUGGAAGUCAAAGGUCAGCUGAUAAGCUCUCCUACCUUCAAUACCCCAGCUGCCCUGUUUGGAGAGGCUGCCCCCCAGGUGAAGUCAGAGCGUCUUCGGGGUCUGCUUGACCGGCAGCGGGCCCUGCAGGAGGCGCUGAGCCUAAAACUUCAGGAGCUCCGCAAAGUUUGUCUCCAGGAGGCGGAGCUCACUGGCCAGUUGCCCCCUGAGUGCCCGCUGGAGCCUGGUGAACGUCCCCAGUUAGUCCGCCGGCGGCCUCCUGCGGCCCGUGCCUACCCUCCACCGCACCCUAACCCAGCACAUCAUGCCUUGUGCCCUGCAGAGGAGUUGGCUCUUGAGGCCCUGGAGCGGGAGGUGUCAGUGCAGCAGCAGAUCGCUGCAGCUGCUCGUCGCUUGGCCUUGGCUCCUGAGCUGAGUGCUGAGCAGCGGCGGCGCCGGCGCCAGGUGCAGGCAGAUGCACUACGGAGGCUUCAUGAGCUGGAGGAGCAGCUUGGAGAUGUCCGGGCCCGCCUCGGCCUCCCGGUGCUUCCACCCCAGCCACUGCCACUGUCCUCGGGGGCACUCAUCACCACCCAGGGAGUCUGCCUAGGCACGCGCCUCACUCAACUCAGCCAAGAAGAUGUAGUCCUGCACUCGGAGAGCAGCUCCCUCUCAGAAUCCGGGGCCAGCCAUGACAAUGAGGAGCCCCGUGGCUGCUUUUCUCUUGCUGAGCGCCCCUCACCACCCAAGGCCUGGGACCAGCUGCGGGCAGUAUCUGGGGGGAGCCCUGAGAGGCGAACCCCAUGGAAACCACCCCCAUCAGAUCUUUAUGGAGAUCUGAAGAGCCGUCGGAACUCUGUGGCCAGCCCUACCAGCCCCACCCGCUCGCUGCCCAGGAGUGCCUCCAGUUUUGAGGGGCGAAGUGUGCCUGCCACCCCCGUCCUCACCCGGGGCACUGGCCCCCAGCUGUGCAAACCUGAAGGCCUCCAUUCUCGCCAGUGGUCCGGCAGUCAGGACUCCCAGAUGGGCUUCCCCCGGGCAGACCCUGCCUCCGACCGCGCCUCCCUCUUUGCAGCUCGCACCCGACGCAGCAACAGCUCUGAGGCCCUGCUGGUGGACCGGGCAGCUAGUGGGGGAGCUGGCUCCCCACCUGCCCCUCUGGCUCCCCCUGCCACUGGCCCUCCAGUCUGCAAAAGUAGUGAGGUGCUAUAUGAGCGCCCCCAACCGCCCCCUGCCUUCUCCUCCCGCACAGCUGGCCUCCCAGACCCUCCCCGGGCCACCCGGCCGAGUUCAGCUGCCCCUGUCUCCCGUGGGGCCCCCAGGCUCCCACCUGUGUGUGGGGAUUUCCUCUUGGACUAUUCCUUGGACCGGGGCCUGCCUCGCGGUGGCAGCGGGGCAGGCUGGGGGGACCUGCUGCCCGCAGCUGAGGCCUCAGGACCCCUCUCCCGUCGGGAUGGGCUCCUCGCCAUGCUCCCUGGCCCACCACCCGUGUAUGCAGCUGACAGCAGCAGCCCCCUCCUCCGCAGCAAGGACCCCCAUACCCGUGCUGCCCGCACCAAGCCCUGUGGCCUGCCCUUGGAAGCUGCUGAGGGCCCGGAGGUGCACCCAAACCCUCUGCUGUGGAUGCCCCCACCCACCCGCAUACCCCCAGUUGGUGAGCGCAGUGGCCACAAGAACCUAGCCCUGGAGGGGCUGCGGGACUGGUACAUCCGGAACUCGGGACUGGCCGUGGGGCCCCAGCGCCGGCCUGUGCUGCCACACGUGGGCCCACCACACCCGCCCUUCCUCCAUUCCCGCUGCUAUGAGGUGGGCCAGGCGCUGUAUGGGGCCCCCAGCCAGGCACCGCUCCCGCACUCGAGGAGUUUCACAGCACCCCCUGUCUCCGGCAGGUAUGGGGGCUGCUUUUAUUGAGGAUGGGUAGGGGUCUCUUGAGGUGUAUGGUGAAGUUAUCCAGGCCAGGGAACUAGUCAUGAUAGCUGAUGACCGGGAACACAAGGACUUUACUUGCAGCAUUGGCACAGUCGCUGUACCAGGCACAAGCAGUGUUAGUCCUUAGGGUCCUGGUGGAGGGGGAUCUUGGGUGCUGGUAGCAGUAGCUCUUUACCAAGCUGUAGAAGGAUUUUAAUAUUUUCAUCAGUGCAUGUCAGCUGGAGAUGAGCCUUGAAGCCAGGGUGCUGGGAGGAAGGGACAUCGUGAGCCCCGUACCUUUCUCUUCCUCUUUUCCACGCCCCAUGCUUGGGACCCUGGAAGGUGCUGUCUUAUGCCUCUUCACCUCUUUAACGAGCCUGUUUUCCUCUUUCUUUCUGUGUCUUGUCUGUCUUUUCUUCUCUGGUCUUCCCCACCCUGUCCUCUGGAUUCCUGCUGUCCCUUCUAAAGAUACUACGCGGACUUCCUGUACCCCCCGGAGCUGAGCGCUCGCUUAAGUGACCUGACGCUAGAGGGGGAGCAGUCUUCCAGUUCUGACCCCCAGACCCCAGGGACACUGGUUUGACUCCUUCCGAUAUGCCCCUUGGUGGCCUGAGCAUGACUCCAGUUUGAGGAGCACACAGGUGACCUUGCUGAGCUCUGGGAUGUGGUUGCUCUCAGUCCUGGGGGCACCAACCUGAUCUUCCAAGGCCCCUGGCUCCCCGUGGGCCCAGGAAGGUGUCUGAUACCCUGCUUCUCCUCUCAUACCGUGCUGGGGGCUGGGGGCCUCAGUCAGCUUCACAGCGGGAGGGGAUCAUGUCAUGGGGACUCCAAGCCCCUUCCUACAUUUCUGUUUACAGUUGUGAUUUAGUAUUCACUGUCUUUACCCAACACUAGGCGUUUUAUAAAAGGGAAACUGUGAGUUUGUGCUGGUUGGGUUCAUUCCUGUCCCCACACCCAGCCUGUUCCAUUUAGGAACACCCCCCCCAAAUGAAAUGGACCAUAUAAGGUCUCAGGGCCUGUUUAGGGUUACCAGGAGACUUUGGUAUGAACAGAACUCCCUGCCAUCCCCCACUAGGGGAGUUCUUGUGCAAAUGGGCUCUCUGCCCACCUUUGGAUAGAUUGCAAUCUGGAUGGGAUACCUGAAGGAGGUCCUGUCCCUCUCUGCCCUCAGCCUGUGUGCACACCACCCCCAAUCAGGAGGCCCCACAGGAGGUUGGCAAGGGGCAGAGCCAUCAGGUGUGUUGCAUUCUGGGAUGCUAUGGUGGUUGAACCUGGCAUCUGGUAGAUGCCAGUAAAAUGCUCAGGUGAUGUCUGGGCAUGGGCCACAGGCCACGUCACAUCCUCCUGGCUUUCCUUACAUUCACCACUUUUUAAACAAAUCUAUACAAACUGUUUUCUAUGAUACUUAGCUGUGACUUUCUGGAACUGGGGGGUUCCCCUACCCCCUUUACCUGGUGUUAAACUUUUCUUUUUGUACCAAUGGAUCUGGGCCCAAGACACUACCCACACUGGAAGGGGAUUUCUAUAAUAAAUGUGUAAACUGAA